GAACUCUCCAUUUACUCUCUCUUGGGGUAACCUUUUUCUUCCCUUCACAUUCCUUCUUUCUUUUGUCCUCAACAAGUGAAAGUCUCGUUUGGCAAUCAUCACAAACCCCUGCGGCUGUACUGUGAUAAGAUAUUACCAGAAGGGUAAGGAGAUAAAAAUGAUUUCUUUAUCUAUAAACACUAAAGCUGUCAUCUUUUUACAGUUUUGGGGAGAACUGCAGUGAAAUUUCCAAUUUCGUGGAAAGAGAUGGAACAAAGUAGACUUUGAGCAUUAUUGUUGGGAUUUAGGGGAUAAUAUUGUGGGCUUCUUCUCUAAUCUAAACCCUUGUGUCCAAGUCAAUCCUACUCAUGCAUUUGUGUCUGUUAUUUUAAUCCAUUAGCUCAGUAAAUUUCUUGAAAUGUGAAUUUUUUUAACUAUGUGUGUCUACCUUUCUUGAAAGUGAUGGAGGUUGAAUGAUUGGAGGUACUUUGCAGGAUAAAGACAGAUAUGAAGUGCUUGGUUUGGGUUGGGAGUGCUUUUUGAGGGUAAAAAGGGGAUAAAGAUUUGGAAAGUUUGCAUCUUUGCCAUAUCAUAAGCUGAAACCCAUAUGAUUUAAUUUCAUCAAUACAACUUAUAAUAAUUGGAGAUGGAGUGGAGUGCAAAGUGGGACUGGGAAAGCAUAGCUAAGCUUAGCUCAAAAGCCUGUGAAAGUCCAAAGAAACUGCAACUAACAGACUGGGGAAUAGUCGAAGAAGAGGGCGAAAUUGUCAACGGAUCCUUUAAUUUGUCUGGUGGUUAUGCCUCCGAUGUGGGACAAGGCUAUACCCACUCUUCCUCGGGAGGCACGACAGGGGCAAAAGAGGCCAUCUUCCCUUUUGUGGAUGUGAAGAUGGAAAAUUGCAGGGAAGCGUGCAUUGGGUUGAAGCUCGGCAAGAGGACAUAUUUUGAAAACAACAGCUGCAGUGGCGGUGGUGGUGGGGGAAUUGGUGGAAAGACGAGAAAGCCCUCGUCUUGUCAGGGUGGGACAGCCGUACCACGGUGUCAGGUAGAGGGAUGCAAUAUUGAUCUUUCUUCAGGGAAAGAGUAUCACCGGAAGCAUAGGGUUUGUGAGAGUCAUUCAAAGUACCCGAAAGUCAUUGUGGGAGGCUUAGAACGGCGGUUUUGCCAGCAAUGUAGCAGGUAUAUGUGUGUUUCCCAAAGGGACCCAUGAUAGAGUGACAUCGAGUUUGACACCAUUGUGUCUCACGGACAAUGCACAGACAGUCAUUCAUUUUAUGGGACAUAUAGUGGUGUCAUCAAUGGUGGCAAACCCUGGUGUUACAACUUACAAUAGCAUUUUUCUUUCUCGAAAUUACCCCCCAUUCCUAGUACACUACAUACACACCACCACUGUUACAUUGCCACGAAAUCCUCACCCCCAUGGCAUUACUUUCUUAUUCAAGUAAAAGGAUAUAUGAGUAAAUCCACAAGACGCGUUUCUUUGUGGGAUUAUGCACAAUAAAAGAGGCGCCAUUUCAAUUUUUCAAUCAAGAAAAUUAAUCGUAUUAGAACCUGUUUAUACAAUCUUGACCCAUUACUUUUAUAAUAUCGAAGAAUUCUGUUAUAUCAUACCCGAGUAACUAAUCCCCCCCCCACACACACAAAAUAUAUGUGUGUGUGGAAUGAACCUCCAUUGUUGAAGGUUCCAUAGCUUGGCAGAGUUUGAUGAAAAGAAGCGUAGCUGUAGACGCAGACUUUGUGAUCACAAUGCAAGGCGGCGCAAGCCACAAAACGAUGUGUUUCAGCUCAAUACUUCUGCUAAUCGCGUCUCUCCUUCCUUUUAUGAUGGUAGGCAACAAAUAAACUUCAUGAUGAACAACAAUGUCCCACUUUUUGGCACCAGCAAAACUGCAUCAAAUUCAAGUUGCUGGGACAACAGCAACACAUAUGCCUCCAACAAGUUCAUCGUUACAAGAGGGUUUUCCCCCGAGGCCGAAAAACCCAGCAGGACAAACAAGCAGCAACAGCCAUACAUCUCUUCGGGUAUCCACCCGCCAAACGCAACAAUCAGUUUUCAUGAUAGUUACGCGUCCAAUGAUACACUCUUGGAUUCCAAGGGCCCCACAUUGGAUGGCUUCACACAAGGUGUGAAGGGAUCCAUGUUCUAUAUGGAAACAAGCAUGACGACAGAGGAAUUCCCAGCUCGUGCUCUCUCUCUUCUGUCAACUUCUUCAUGGAGUUCUUCGUGCGAACAACAACAACAAGAGAGCACUUCCAUUACGCAAUCCGCCGCGAACCAAACAGCCUUACAUGAACAACCGUCGAUCCCUCUCGGACUUCCACUCCCGUCACCAGAAUACUGGUCGUGUGUUGAACCGGCCGGUGGCCACCUCCCAGUUGAUGUUCAUCUUGAAUUCAAGGUGUCCCAAGAAGGGGACUUUUUUCUCAACUCAUUCAGCUGAGUUCUAGCAUCAAGAAGAUAUCAUCAUCAAGAAAUUAAAUGUAAUAAAAUCUUUUGAUUGCCCAAUGUCAUCACUGUUUUAUGAGAUUUGGUUUCUGGGUUUUUUUUAUUCACUUCUUGUUUAAGAGGGCCUUUUGGUCAUUGUUGUUUUCCAAAGGAAUGUAAUUGAUGGAAACAUUAUGUUCUUUGGUUUCUGUUUUCACUUUUCACCACAGAAAGUAAAUGGUCAAGUUCAAUUCUCCAUUCUU